AUUGAGCUUUUAAUUAACUAAUUGUUUCUGUUUUAAAUCGCAACAAUUUAAAUUGAUUUGUUUACUUAGUCGAACUUUUAAUCGAUUAACUCUCUUUCUUUAAUUAUCUUCGUCUGAGUCUACAUUUUCAAUUAGCUUUUCUUAAACCUUUGUUGUUAUUUGGUCGUUUGUUUUUUUUUUCAAUUUCUAUAUUUUGUUUUUUUUUAUUGUUUACAAUCAAGAUCGUUUCUAUUAAUUAAUUUACGCAAUUAACAAAUUAUAAUGGUUUGUGAAGCUUGUGAAAAGAAACAGAGUAAAGUUAUCGUUCCAGAUAAAUGGAAAGCUGGAGCUCGUAAUACUAAUGAAAGUGGAGGUCGUAAAAUUAACGAGAAUAAAGCCCUAUCAUCGCGAAGUCGAUACAAUCCUGUGGCUCAAUUUUCUAAAUGUAAAAUUUGUAGACAAAGAGUUCAUGUCAUUGGAUCUUAUUAUUGUCAAUCUUGUGCUUACAAGAAAGGUAUAUGUUCAGGAUGCGGGAAAAAGAUGCUGGAUACCAAAAAUUAUGUUCAAUCUGCAGUUUGAUUGAAAUUGCAUUUGUAUUAUCACCUCAUGAAUUGAUGCCGAUGGAAGUGGUCAUGCUUUUGGUUGGAAGUGAUGGACAAAAAUGCUAAACGAAUACACUCAAUAAAUUGUACAACACAGAAUAUAAGUAAAAAAAA